AUGUAUCAGCAACUUUUGGAGCUAAUUGAUGGAUACACUGACGAAAAAAGAGCCAACGCUCUACAAGUUCGGGAGACAAUAAACGAAACCCUCAGAGCCAUGAAGGAAUUGGAUUCGGAUAUUCUCAAGUUCAUCGUGGCUGACAAGGAGUCAACUGAAGAAGAUGUCGCAAAAGAAAUCGAAGAAUCAUCUAAGUUACGGGCAGAGGCGAAAAAACUGAUUAAGCGUCUCUAUGAGAGACUGAAAUUAACUGUUGUUAAUUCACAGGGAAUUAGCAAUGGAGCGGUAGAUGAGGUAAAUGUGGGGGCAAGUACGAGUUUUGCUGCGAGUGAAGAUUCGAGCGAGGUGAUCACAGCUGCUAAGAGACAUGUCGCGCAGGAACGUGCAAAGCUACCAAAACUAGAAGUAAAAGAUUCGACGAAAAUCUGUGGAAAAAAUUAUCACAAGUGGACUGUAGACGAUUUACUGACACCAUUAAAAGAGGAAAUUUCGUUGCGCGAGGAGCAUCAUCACAAAGAUGCAGAGCGUGGUAAAGAUGGGCGUGAGAGGGGAGACAGACGUUGGAAUCCUGGAACAAAAACGACACAAGCGUUUUUGACAAAAGUGCGAAUGGCGAAUUGUGCGUUUUGCCUUGGUCAGCAUCACCAUGAAGAUUGCAAGAAAGUAAAGACUCUGGAGAACCGUAUGCAAAUAAUUAUAAAAUAUUCUCGUUGUUUCAAAUGCUUAAAUAAGGGACACAUAGGGAGGAACUGUAGUAUAAGAGUAAAAUGUAGUGCAUGCAAAAAAGAACAUCAUACAGCUUUGUGUGAUGCAGAGAAUAACCCAGAGGGCCUGGAGGUAGAAGGGGAGGAAGGAAAUUUAAGUCCUACCAAUGGUACGGGUACCAUAGCUACACUAGUUGUUAGUCCGAAAAAUAAGGUUGUUAAGUUGGGAUGUAGUGUGGCGUUGCAGACGGCUCAAGCAAUGUUGGUUGGGCAGAAAACUGCACAAGCAAGAGUGUUGUUUGACUCAGGGAGUCAACGGUCCUUUGUCACUACAAAAUGGGCUAGAGAAUUGGGUUGUAAGAUGUUGCGGAGAGAAUUGUUGAGUGUUGGGGCGUUUGGGCAGAGAGCUUUGAAGACAAAGGUGCGAGAGGUUGUUCAGUUAGAUUUGAAGUCUAUUCGAGGUGAUGUGGUUGUGUCCGUUGAGGCCUAUGUUGUGCCAGAGAUUUCUUUCAUUAGAAAUCAUUUGGACCUGGUACAGGAUAGUUAUUCGCAUUUGAAGGGUCUUUGGUUAGCAGAUGUUUGUAUGUCUAAUGUAGAGUUGGAAAUCUAUGUUUUGGUUGGCGCUGAUUAUUUGUGGAUGUUUCACGGGGAUCGUAUUGUGCAUUGUAAGGCUGAUGAGCCUGUGGCGAUUGAGACUUUGUUGGGCUGGGUGUUGUGGGGACCAGUUGGAUUGGCAAGUCGAGAUGCGGAUGAUAGUGCGGUUGUGAGUAUUGUAAGUUGUGAGCCACCCGUAGAUGUAGGUUUAGUUUUGGGAGUUAGAGAGUAUUGA